CAUGAUCUUGUCUUUUGCAAGCAGGCCUGUUCUGAAAGCUUCUCACACAGUUCUUUAUGGGAACAAUGACUUGGCCUUAGCACCCUAUGGUGAGUAUUGGAGGCAGAUGAGAAAAAUAUGUGUAACUCAUCUCCUCAGCAUGAGAAGGGUGCAAUUAUUUCAGGCUGCAAGGGAGAAUGAGGUGGCUCAUUUGAUGGAUAAGAUUGUUUCUCAUGCUUCUUCUCACCCAUUAAAGGCAUUGAACAUGAGCCGAGUGCUGUUUUGCUUCACUAAUGACAUGCUUUGUAGAGCCAUAUUGGGUGAGUUCAAUAGAGAUCAAGAAGGUAGGAAUGAGAUAUUUUUGGAAAUGAUAGAGGAGAACAUGAUUUUAUUUAGUGGCUUUAAUCUGGAGGAUUACUUUCCUUCAAUUGGAUGGUUAACUUCAUUGCUUGGAUUUGAUGAGAGGGCUAAAAAGGAAUUUCAUGAAGGUGGGAUGGUGUUCUCAGCAAGAUGAUUGAGGACCAUAAGAACAGAAAGGAUGGAGAUCUGAAAGAUGAAGACUUUGUGGAUAUCUUGCUCUCACUCAAGAAGGAUGCUGGCCUUGAUUUUAAUCUUAAUGAUGAACACAUCAAAGCUCUCCUAGUGGACAUGUUUGCAGCAGGAACAGAUACAUCAUAUAUAGUGCUUGAAUGGGGCAUGGCUGAGCUUAUUAGGAACCCAAAUGUCAUGAAAAAACUACGAGAUGAAAUUAAUGGCAUAGCAAGUGGGAAAUCAAUGGUUAAUGAAGAUGAUUUAAGUGAGAUGCACUACCUCAAAGCCGUCGUCAAAGAGAUUCUUAGACUUCAUCCUCCAGCUCCAUUACUUCUUCCAAGAGAAUCCAUGGAUAAUUACCAAAUUGAAGGCUACAAAAUCCCAAGUCAAUGCAGGGUUAUUAUUAAUUGUUGGGCCAUAACAAGAGACCAUAAAGAAUGGGAUAUGCCUAAUGAGUUUAUACCUGAGAGGUUUGUGAACAAUACUAUGGAUUUUAAGGGACAAGACUUUAAAUACAUUCCCUUUGGUUCAGGUAGGAGAAUAUGCCCUGGAAUAGGGUUUGCAAUCUCCACUAUAGAACUUGCAUUAGCAAAUCUUGUUUUCAAAUUUGAGUGGAAAUUGCCAGAUGAUCAUGUUGGUGAAGUAAAUAUGGCUGAAGCUCCUGGAUUGACAACAAAAAUGAUGAAAAACCUAUGCCUUGUUCCUAUGCCUUGUUUCUAAUUAUAUUAUAUAUGUACAUGGUUUCAAUAAACUUAUGUUAUAUAUGAACGUUUGAAUAAUAUGUGGAACUUAUGAUCU